CCGAAGACUCAAACCCACUUGUUGGUGACAAGGCUGGUGCAGACAGAAAGGUCCUCGCAACACAAAUUCAGGCAGUCAUGUCUACUGCAGUAAUGGGCCGAGCAGCAAGAAUGACUGGGCUGAAGAAGCCAAGACCUUUGAGGAAAUUACCGGAGGACACAGACACACAAUUUGGGCAAGAUGAUUUCACAGACAAAGUGAACUUGAUUCAGCAAAGAGCAAAGGAAUUUGUGAAAUCUGCUCAUCCAAUCCAAGACACAUCAGAAUGCACAAGGAAGGCUUCAGUGCCUCCAACACCUUUUCACACACUGCCACCCAACAGCCGUGCCCAUCCACCAGACAUCAUCACACAACACUACCCCCAGGGGCGGAAUGGCUUCAAUAACUCAAACAUGUGCAAUGAGAAGAAUAACAAUAUUCAGUAUACGACUAGCCUACAGGACAAUCUGAAGUGCAGACCACCUCCUAGCUUCCCCCGCCCUGGGGAGCAGCAGAGGGGUUGUAGGAUGCAGGAAUCCAGUAGUACACAGGACAAGGAGAAGAAGAAAAGUUCUUCUUUCACUGGAACUAUACAGCUCGGAGGAGGAAGUAAUCAAGAAACACUUGUCAUUGCAUCAACAUGCCUGAAGAGUCUGCUGAAAGCUGCUAAUCUUUUAGCAUGCCACAUGAAUGGAGAGCUGAUUCAGAUAGACAAUGAGGAGGAUGACUCAUCAGAGAUGCAGAAAAAAGAAAUAGAAGUUCACAUGCCCAAAGUUCCUGGUCUUUUCAAACCGAAUUAUGACCAGAGGCUCUCUUGCAGCAGCAUGAGCAGCAGUGGAAGAAGCAGCAACCGCAGCAGCUGCUCAUAUGAUGAGAGUGAACUGGAGUGGUCACUUUUAGAUGAGCAAGACAGAAGUUGUGACCCUCCCACUUCCUGUAUGUCUUCUUUUAAAGAUCGUACAAGAGCCAAUUCUACAAUACGCUACACAGUGAAAGACCUCCUCAUGAUGGCUAAAGAUCCAUAUGCCAAAGUAGCCCCCAGGAACUGGCCACUUAUCAAAGAUACAUUCCCAGAACUGGUUUCCCAUGAGGAUCGUUACUUCGAACCAUUUGACCUGAAGGCCUGUUCUCCUAGAGCUUUAGGGCGAACCAGAAACUUUGACAUCAAUGAAAAGAGGUGCCAUAUGGACAGCAUUCAGGAGUUCCGAUCAUUAGGAUUUAACAGUAACCAUGGAAGUCGUGAAAGUGAUGACUUCUUCUUGUAAGGAUGAACUACUGAAGAUAACACUUGAAGCUGACAGAAGGGACCAACGUUUCAGGUGUGAUGCUUGUAUCAUGGCAAAGCAGAGGUUAAACAGUAACUGUAUGUUUGUCAACAUAUGUGGCUAAAGGAUUAUAUACAUUGUGAGGAAGUAAUGUGAAUAUGAAUUUAUUAGUUCCUGAGUUUUGUUUCCUGGUUUAAAGAACCUCAGAAUGUAUUGAAAGUUUAUGAACAUUCCCUUGUAAUCAGAUCUUUUUGUGUUCACUUGACUCAAAAAGGGCACAUCUGAUGUUUUAGACUGAACUGGCUGUUUUCAAGUAUGUCAAAUGUUUCUCUGGAGCAUUUUAAAAAGACAGAAGUCAAAGAUGAAUUUGUUUUACCCUCACAUAUUAUUUCAACUCCCCAGAUAAGCUGGUAAGAUUUAUCUCAACUUGCAUAUCAAUUUGUUAGAUAAGGGACAGAUGACAUAAGGGCUGAACUGCCAACAUAGGUUGUAUAAGCUUCAGUGAAAAGGCUAUAAUGCGCAUCUUUGUGAGAGAAAACAAUGAAACAGUUACAAAUGUCAAUCUUUAGUAGUUGGUAAAUGACAAUUCUUGGACUUCUACAUUCUUUCCUUUAGCCUCUGCUGGUAUGAGUCUAUGUAGAUAGUAUUCACACUGUUGCCUUCAGAAGUACUGAGAUACUGAACUUUAUUAGUUUUUAACAAAUCAUACUCAUCUGUUAUAUUGUCUUGAUGCCACAUGUUUUAGUAUGUUGUGUGUGAGGUUGGGGUCAUUCUUCCAUAAUUUCCUCCAUAUAUCCAUGGGCCAGGAUUUUACACUGAUCAGUAAUGGCUAACAUUGGUCCAGGAAGAACAGGUAGUAAAGGUUGCUUUGUGGAAGCAAGUUCUUGCCCAAAACUAGUCCUUGUCCCCAAAUUAUACAAUCUUGGAAUGUUCUUCUGAGUAUUUGUGUUAUUAGUUGGUUAUGUAGCCUGAAAGUUUGUUCCUGCCUCUGUUUCAAGGAGGCAAAUUACAAUUAUGUGCCCAUUGUUUCAAAUCUAGAAAAAAAUCAGAUGUGGCAAGUUGAAAAUAAGACAACAAAUAUUUUAAUUUUGUCUGAUGUAUGUUAUAUUUGCUUUCUUCACGGUUUGUCUUGUCAGGGGUAUGCAACGGGUAUAAACAGACAGUUGCACUCCUGACAUGUCCAUGUUAUUUCGAAUCAAACAGAACAUUCUGAAAACCAGUUGUUGAUGCAUCCAAUGUGUGUUCUUGAUGUGUGAGCGUUUUGUGUGUGAUAUCAAACCACUCAAUCUACUAAUAUUUGUGUGUACUACAGUAUUUUGUUGGUUUUGAAAACCAGAAGUUGUGAUUUGACACAAGCCUAUGUUGAUUCUUCACUUGAACCACUGUGGUGAGCAUUACACCCCUAUUGACUGUUGUGGGGUAGCAGGGAAUGAUAUAUUGGUACUGUAGGCAGUGCUACAAUAGUCUUGUACAUGAAAGUGUUCGUCCGACAAAUACAAGUUUUUUUGGAGACAACACCUGUAUACUACAGUCAAAACCUAGGAAUUGCAGACAAAUCAUAUAUGCCUUAGAAGAACAAUGACCUACAGGCAAACCUGGAUAUUAUAAACCAACUUAGACACUAAAAACAGAACCUUGAUUCAGUCAAAAUCAAGAAAAUACAUACAUAUGGUAUGCACUACAAUACACAAAAAUACAGAACCUUUAUUUUAUGGACAGAACCUUUGUACAACAGACUGAUGUUUAGACAUCUAGGUACUAUAUACAAAACUUUGACACUACAACGUAAACUGAAUCUGAACACCAUAGUCUGAACCAAGGAAAUACAAACAUCAUACAAUACAGAAAAAGAAACCCCAAAUAUUCAGACACAGAACCUGUGUAUUA